UGGGCGAGAGAGAGCGAGAGAGACGGAACACAUGCGACUUGCCUCAUCUUCUUAAAAACAUAAACUCACAGCUUGAUAGGAAAGUUGUUCAUGUGAGACGGACGGACAGUUUAAAAUUUGUGUCUUUCUUUUCCUUAGCAGACCGGGACCGUUGCGACUGCAAUGUAGUUUAUUUAACAGUAGAAACUUUUUAAAAAAAGCUUUAUAAAAUAGAAAUAUUUUAGUUAUUUUUUUUAUUGAAAUAUAUGACUUUUUAAAUGUAUAGGAACUCCAAAGAAAAUAAAGGCCAGCCGUUUGUGCUCUAAAGACCCGCACAGACUGUUCGCGUGAGCAUGUGUGUGACAAAACUGUCAAAAUCCGCACGCGCCUCCAAACGCCGACAGUCCGCAUAGUUAUCUGCGGGACUUAGCCUUUUAUUUAUUAAUCCUGCCAUCAAGCCAGCACUUGAGAAAUCUCGACAAACAGAGUGGAGAUGACGGCCACGCCCCCUUCCUCCCGAAGCUCCUCCCCCCAGAAGGUGUGCCACUCGCAGACGCAGACGGAGGCGACGAAGCCGCUGCUGGGGGGCGGGGCCGGGGGCGGGGCGGGCGCGGGGGCAGGGCCCGCCGCCCUGCGCCGCAGGAGGCGCGUGCUCUCCAAGGACGGGCGGAGCAACGUGCGCAUCGACCACGUGAGCGGGCGGGGCGCCCUCUACCUGCGCGACCUCUGGACGACCUUCCUGGACAUGCAGUGGCGCUACAAGCUCUUCCUGUUCUCCGCCACCUUCGCCGGCACCUGGUUCCUGUUCGGCGUGCUGUGGUACCUGGUGGCGCUCGUGCACGGAGACCUGCUGGAGAUGGACCCCCCCUCGAACCACACGCCCUGUGUGAUGCAGGUGCAGACUCUGACGGGUGCCUUUCUCUUCUCCCUGGAGUCUCAGACCACCAUUGGCUACGGCUUCCGCUGCAUCACCGAGGAGUGCCCAAUCGCCAUCCUCCUCCUCAUCCUGCAGCUCGUCAUCACCAUGGUGAUGGAGAUCUUCAUCACUGGCACCUUCCUUGCCAAGGUGGCUCGGCCUAAGAAGCGCGGCGAGACGGUGAAGUUCAGCCAGCACGCCGUGGUGUCCAGUCACGAGGGCCGGCCCUGCCUCAUGGUCCGUGUUGCCAACAUGCGCAAGAGCCUCCUAUUGGGCUGCCAGGUAACGGGGAAGCUGCUGCAGACGUCUCUGACUCAGGAGGGGGAGACGGUGCGUCUGGACCAGAGGAACGUGCCCUUCCAGGUGGACACGUCCAGCGACAGCCCCUUCCUCAUCCUCCCCCUCACCUUCUACCACGUCAUCGACGACGCCAGCCCCCUGCGCGCCUGGGCGGCCAAGGGCGGGGGGUGGACGGACCCGGAGCUGGCGGACUUCGAGCUGCUGGUGAUCCUGAGCGCCACGGUGGAGCCCACCUCUGCCACCUGCCAGGUGCGCACGUCCUACCUGCCGGACGAGAUCCUGUGGGGGUACGAGUUCCCCCCCGUGGUGUCCCUCUCCCCCGCGGGCAAGUACGUGGCCGACUUCUCCUUCUUCGACAAGGUGGCCAAGACCAAGGCCCCGCCCCUCUUCAAGCAGGCUCCGCCCUCCAGCCCGCCCCCGCAGCGUUACCCUGGCAACAGAGGAGGCGGGGUGGAAGGGGCGGAUCCGGAGAAGCUGCGCUUGGAGCAGCAGUACAGGGAAGAGAGGGGGCGGGGCCGAGACGGCGGCCCUCUGAGCGUCCGAAUCAGUAACGUGUAGGAGAGGGAGAGAUGGAGACGGGCGGAGAGAGAGAAAGAGAGAGAGAGAGAAAGAGGGGGAAGAGAAUGCAGGAGGAGAGAGGUAGGAGGAGGAGAUGGAGGGAGAGAAAUAACCUGAGAGAGGAAGAGGGGGAAGAGAAUGCGGGAAGAGAAGGAGGAGAGCGAGGAGGAGAAGGAGGGAGAGAAAUAACCGUGAGAGGAGGAGGGUGGUUAACACUGUCGGGCUCACUGGUAAACACAAAUGCACACACACUGUCUCGCUCUCCCUCUCUCACACAGACACACACACACACUGUCUCGCUCUCCCUCUCUCACACACACACACA